AUCACGUUUGAAUCGUUCUAGUUUUAUUUCUCUCUUCCUCAUUAAUCGCAGAUGAAGAGAGCGACCUGUUCUCCAUGAAUGCUGCAUCGACUCCGCAUCUAGGAUUUGUUCCCCUUUGCAAUCUGCUAGACUGAAGGAGGCAGUGUAAUAAGAAUUGUAUCUGCGCUGAGGGAUAGUUAGAGGAAGGUUCGAUAUUCAAAUUGAUCCUGGUUGUUUUGUUAGCUGAAGAGUAAGACAUAUCAUUAUUAGAGAAAUGCCUGUUCAGAAGAUAGAAAGUGGUCACCAGGACACUGUCCAUGAUGUUACGAUGGAUUAUUAUGGCAAGCGCCUUGCAACAGCUUCAUCUGACCAGACCAUUAAGAUAAUUGGAGUCAGUAACUCAGCUUCUCAACAUCUAGCCACGCUUACUGGUCACCAAGGACCAGUUUGGCAGGCUGCUUGGGCGCACCCGAAAUUCGGGUCGUUGCUAGCUUCGUGUUCUUACGAUGGACGAGUGAUUAUAUGGAAGGAGGGCAAUCAGAACGAGUGGAGUCAAGCCCAUGUUUUUGACGAUCAUAAGUCCUCAGUUAAUUCUAUCGCUUGGGCUCCUCAUGAAUUGGGUCUAUGUUUGGCAUGUGGUUCCUCUGAUGGGAAUAUUUCAGUUUUCACUGCAAGGCAGGAUGGUGGUUGGGAUACAUCAAGCAUUGACCAAGCUCAUCCACUUGGUGUCACAUCGGUCUCAUGGGCCCCUUCAUCUGCACCAGGUGCUCUUGUUGGUUCUGGCUUGGUUGAUCCUGUUCAUAAGCUCUGCUCCGGUGGUUGUGAUAAUACUGUGAAGGUUUGGAAACCGUAUAAUGGAAUCUGGAAGAUGGACUGUUUCCCUGCACUUCAGAUGCAUACUGAUUGGGUUAGGGAUGUUGCAUGGGCGCCAAACCUCGGGCUACCGAAAUCUACAAUUGCAAGUGCUUCUCAGGAUGGACAGGUUAUCAUAUGGACGGUAGCCAGGGAAGGGGAUCAAUGGGAAGGGAAGAUAUUGAAUGAUUUCAAAACUCCUGUCUGGAGGGUCUCAUGGUCUAUGACUGGGAACAUCUUGGCUGUGGCGGAUGGGAACAACAAUGUGACUUUGUGGAAGGAGGAUGUUGAUGGGGACUGGCAACAGGUGACGACUGUUGAGCCAUAGAUCCAGUUCUUAAAUUUUUUGCAGUGCAUAUGGGUUCACUUUGAUCAUUUUAACUCUGGCAUUUAGUUGGCUUGAAAGUAACUCUGGUAAGUACCCACCCCUUUCCCUCUCCUUUGCCCUUACUGGUAAGUACUCUAGUAAGAAUUAAUGUUUUAUGUUUAUUUUUUUUUUUUGACAAUCAAGCAUAAUAGGUAAGUCAACCGUUUUGUGAGAAUAGUUAGAUUGUAGGUAUAUAAGUAAGGAAUACAUCUCCAUUGUUGAGGUUCGUGAUUCCUAACAAACCAACUAAGUCUUUAAUAAUAGCUAUGAAGGAUGAAAGUAUAGUUUUGAAAUUUAUUAAAUAGCUAUGAAGGAUGAAAGUAUAGUAAUGAAAUUUCUUAAAUUUCAAAAAUCAAACGGCUAUCGAGCAGGAUCUUAGGCUAAUGCUUAUAAAAUUUUUGUGAUAACUGGUAGUUGCUUAUUAGAUGAUAGGAUGUAUCAACUAUGCAUUUCUAGAUUUACUACCUGUUGUAUAUCAACCUUCUUUGCUCAUAGGUCGAUUCAACUUGAGCCAUCAGGCUAGUAGCUGCCACUUGAACGGUAUAAAUCAUCAGAGCUUUUAACAUGAAGGAGUGCUUCUUCUUCGAGGCCCUUAUUCAGAGAAUUUGCUAGAGUGCCUUGCAUGUGUAAGUAAUCUUCAAACUCUCCAUCUCAUCUAUAUCUUUUGAACUAUAUCUUUUGAGUUGUUCUACGGGAUCGGUUGUUUGAGAUCUUUGGUUUGAUGAAAAAAAUGGAGAUCACUUAUAAAUUCGUUGA